AUGACCUUAAUAGGUGUAGAUAUGGCAGCUACAGCAACACAUAACUUUAUAGUGAAACCAACGUUUGGGUCCGAUUAUAGUAAAAAGGUUCGUGAAAGAACAAUAAAAGCUUCAACGCCAGCGAGAGCCAUUAAAAUGAUUGAAGAUAAUGAGAAUCGUGGCGCUUAUGUACCGCCUGGUGCAUCCGCGGCCGCAAUUGCCAAGUUCGGUAACCUUGUUCAAAAGAAGCCAAAAGUGCCGAUCGAUCAAAAGACGACGCGUAUGCCAAAGAACGAACUUAUAGACUUACUAUUUGGUGCCUUUGAAAGGUACACUUAUUGGACAUUGCGUGGUUUAAAGGAUUACGCGAAACAACCGGAGUCAUAUUUAAAAGACGUGUUAAACGAAAUCGCUAUACUAGAUAAACGUGGAUCAUAUAAUAAUUGUUAUCAUUUAAAACCCGAGUAUAGUUUAUCAUCAGCAUCAGAAUCUAUUGCGCCGUUAGGAUUAGAAGCACCUGCUGGUGGAGUUGGAAGUGGUAAUGAAGGUGGUGAUGAUGAGGAUUAUGGAUUUGAAAUGGGAGAAAAUGACGAACUUGAAGCGAUGAAUGAUAAUGAAUCUGAUGAAGAUCUGUUUGGAGAAUCAUGA